AUGUCCGCCAACACUCGCCUGGCCAUAGUGCUCGUGCACGGCGCAUGGCACGGGCCGUGGUGCUGGAGGGACCAGGUCCCCGAGCUGCAAAAGCUUGGCUACGACGUGGAAACGGCGCACCUGCCGUCCGCGCAAGGCAUCGUCGGCACCACGCAGCACGACGACGCCGCCGCCGUCCGCGCCGUCCUGGAGCCGCUCCUGUCCGCCGGCAAGCGCGUCAUCGUCGUGGCGCACUCGUACGGCGGCCCCAUCGGCAGCGCCGCCGUCGUCGGGCUCUCUGAGCGCCAGCGCCGCGCAGCGAGCCUGCCCGGCGGCGUGCUCGGCCUCGUCUGCCUGUGCGCGUUCAUCUUCCCCGGCGGCAUGGACCAGGGCGCCGCGAUCGAGGCCGCGGGCGACCUGCGGUACGUGGUCUGGGACGACCCCGCGGAGGGCCUGUUCGUGCCGCGGGACCCGCGGGCCAUGUUCUUCCCGCCGGACACGUCGCCCGAGGACACGGACUGGGCGGUUCCGCAGCUGCGGCCGCAGAGCAUGGCGGCCAACAAGGGGAUAGUGCCGCCGCAGGCGUGGCAGGAGGACGCGGAGCACUACGCGGGCAGGCUGGGGUACGUUGCGUGCACGGAGGAUCGGGCCGUCCCGUUUGAGGAUCAAAAGGCCAUGAUUGCCGGUGCGGGCGGUGCAGAGAAGUGGAUUGUGCGUGAGCUGAAAGGUUCGGGUCACAGCCCGUUCUUCUCUCGCCCACAGGAGGUAGCAUCUGUUUUGCAUGGGAUUGUUGAACAGUUCCAAAAGGAACAAGAGGUCAAGGCAUAA